CAGCCUUCAAUCUUGUCACUGCGACACUGCAUGGAGCAGCCACGCCUGCGGCGCUCACGUAACAUCCGAGAGCACACGAGCUCAGCUGGCCCGCGGGACUAAAGGUGAACUCAUAUCCGAGCUUUGUGUUUGCAGUGGGAGGAGUUCUAUGGGGUUCCAUUUGUGUCAAAAAUAAGCAGUAGGUGCGGCAGCGGUGCCGCGCGCGGAGAAGCAGCGCGUAAUGUUGGAGCGCCCAGGAGAAAGAUGCUGGAUCAUGACGCGGCGGCCGACAUGCGACUGGUCCAGCAGAUAAGCGCAGGGAUGAAGAUCCAGGACGUCGGCUGCAGAGAGGUUGGAGACGGGCAGGACAGCCAGGUCGUGUGUUUGCAAUGCCAGGAUGAGGUGGUGCGGGUCUGUCCGCGCAGUCCGCGCCGCGGCUUCGCGACGCGCCUCUCCUCCGGAUCCGCAGACCGUGAACCCAGCAGCAGCAGCUACAAUGUCUCUUCUGGAACUUUUUACAGCUGCGUGAGUCAGAUCACCAUCGGGUUCGAUCUCGGGGGUCAGGUGGAAAUCGGUUUCUCCCACUGGAAGAGUCCAGUUGAAUCGAGCAGCCAGAACCUCCCCAGUCCCGACGGUGUUCACUCCGAGGCUUCAGCAGCCCUGCCAAUUGUGGACCAUCCAGAGCCGGUCUCCUGCCCUGCCUCUCUGUCCAUCAAUCCGCUGCCAACCUGCAGUGCCAGUCAGGAGACUCUUUGUGACAGCAGCACAAAUGUGAGUUUGUCCCUACAUGGAUCUGAGCCCAAGCAGCAGAGCCCCCACCAACACAGAGAGCUGCUGCAGCCCUCUGCCUCUGGUUACCAGCCAGCAGACAGACCUCUCGUUUUCCUGUACUGUGAGAGGGAGGACGUCAUGAAGGAGACCUCGGCUGAAACCUCGGAUUCCAGCAUUCAAGGCAAUGUCCCUCAACUGGCUGUGAAGGACAUUAAUGUGGUGCUACAGAAAGAAACAUCAGAUGGCAUCAGCAGCCCAUCCAGAGAUGAUGACGCUACCCUUCAGAACCCUGGAACUCACAGCAGCAUCCUUGAUGAAAACAGCAAAUCACAAUUAGACAUCCCAGAGAGGAGUGCGAAAUCCACUGGUCUUUGCUUCAGCGAUGGAAAAAGUCUCAUAGACUACAUCCUGGUUUACAGGAAGUCCAGCUCCCAGUCUGAGAAGAGGGAGAUAUUUGAGCGGAACAUCCGUGCUGAAGGGUUGCGCUUGGAAAAAGAGGCUUGUUUAACAAACAGCGAUGUGAUUUUCCUGAAACUGCAUGCACCGUGGGAUGUUCUCUGUCGCUAUGCAGAGCUCAUGAAUAUCCGAAUGCCUUUCAGGUCCACAUCAAUAAAAAAGUACAUUGCCUAUCUGCAGCCUUACCAUCUGACGCUCCAUCAUCUUUCUCUGCUGGUUGCAGGAAUGAAUCGUCUUCUGACCAAUAACUCGUAUGAAGCGGCUUUUCCUCUGCAUGAGGGCAGCUACCACAGCAAAAACUCCAUCCGAACUCACGGAGCAGAGAACCAUCGACACCUUCUGUAUGAAUGCUGGGCCUGGUGGGGGGUCUGGUAUAAGUACCAACCUCUGGACCUCAUCAGGAGGUACUUUGGUGAGAAGAUUGGCCUGUAUUUCGCUUGGCUCGGCUGGUACACAGGGAUGCUGUUCCCUGCUGCUCUUGUCGGUCUGCUUGUGUUUCUAUACGGUGUUUUCACUCUGGAGCACUGCUCAGUCAGCAAAGAAAUCUGCCAGGCAACCGACACCAUCAUGUGUCCCAUAUGUGACCAGUACUGCCCCUACCUGAGGCUGUCUGACAGCUGCAUCUAUGCUAAGGUCACCCAUCUUUUUGACAACGGCGCAACGGUUUUCUUUGCUGUGUUCAUGGCAGUUUGGGCAACAGUCUUCCUGGAAUUCUGGAAAAGACGGAGAGCUGUCCUGGCAUAUGACUGGGAUCUUAUUGACUGGGAGGAAGAAGAGGAUGAAAUAAGACCCCAAUUUGAGGCCAAAUACUCCAAGAAGGAAAGGAUGAACCCUAUAUCUGGAAAGCCAGAGCCUUACCAGGCCUUCACUGAAAAAUACAGUCGCCUACUUGUCUCAUCGUCUGGAAUAUUCUUCAUGAUACUGGUGGUGAUUGCUGCUGUGUUUGGCAUUGUGAUUUACCGUGUGAUCACGGUCAGCACCUUCGCUGCUUUUGGCUGGGCGCUCAUCAGGAAUAACUCUCAGGUGGCAACCACAGGCACUGCAGUCUGCAUCAACUUCUGUGUCAUUAUGCUUCUCAACGUGCUUUAUGAAAAAGUUGCUCUUUUCCUCACAAAUUUAGAGCAGCCGAGGACCGAGUCAGAGUGGGAGAACAGUUUUACCUUCAAGAUGUUCCUUUUCCAGUUCGUCAAUCUCAACAGCUCAACUUUCUACAUCGCUUUCUUUUUGGGAAGAUUUACUGGUCGGCCAGGUGCAUAUCUACGCCUCAUCAAUCGCUGGAAACUGGAGGAAUGCCAUCCCAGCGGUUGUCUGAUUGACCUCUGUAUGCAGAUGGGCAUCAUUAUGGUACUAAAACAGACAUGGAACAACUUCAUGGAGCUUGGCUACCCGCUUAUUCAAAACUGGUGGACUCGACAGAGGUUAAAGAGGGACCAUGGCCACAUCCCCAAGGCCAGCCUCCCCCAAUGGGAGAAGGACUACAACCUGCAGUCAAUGAAUGCUUAUGGUCUCUUUGAUGAAUACUUGAAGAUGAUUUUGCAGUUUGGCUUCACCACCAUCUUUGUGGCAGCGUUUCCUCUUGCUCCCCUCUUAGCGUUGAUCAACAACAUCAUUGAGAUCCGUCUGGAUGCUUACAAGUUUGUGACACAGUGGCGACGACCUCUGCCAUCACAAGCCAAAGACAUCGGAAUCUGGUAUGGCAUUUUGGAGGGUAUCGGCAUCCUGUCCGUCAUCACCAACGCCUUUGUGAUUGCCGUUACCUCAGAUUUUAUCCCUCGUCUAGUUUACGCCUACAAGUACGGACCAUGUGCUGGUCAGGGCCGAGCAGGGGAGGGGUGUAUGAUGGGUUACGUUAAUGCCAGUCUGUCUGUCUUCCGAGUUUCUGACUUUGAAAAGAGAUCCCAGCCAAGAACUAAUGGCUCGGAACUUUUUGAAGAAGCUGUGAAGUAUUGCAGGUAUCGGGAUUACAGGGAGCCUCCAGACUCAGAUGAGCCCUAUGCCUACACUCUACAGUUCUGGCACGUCCUGGCAGCCCGGCUGGCGUUCAUUAUUGUUUUUGAGCAUAUGGUCUUCGCCAUUAAGACCCUGAUUGCUUAUCUAAUCCCGGACCUACCCAAGGACCUGAGGGACAGGAUGCGCAGAGAGAAGUACCUGAUCCAGGAGAUGAUGUACGAGGCUGAGCUGGAGAGGCUGCAGAAGGAGAAGGAUGAGAGGAAGAAGAAAAACAAGGCUCACCAUAAGGAAUGGCCAUGAAUAUUACUGUCUUUGGAUGGACUGUAAGAGAAAGCUCUCAUCUGGUAACUUCAAAAUAAAGGAGGAGCAUCCAGGGUUCUGCAUGUUCUGGACCGACACGUCUUCCUCCUGCCAUGUUAGACCAGCACCUCCUGUUUGACGGUUCCAGAACUGCAUCCAGCAAAGAGUGAUCCGUGGAGCCUCUGUUAGAUCUACUCAGCACGUGGGAAGUUUUAGCAGCAGAUUUUUUCCAUAUUUUCUCUCUUAAUCAGACUCUUAGCAGUAUUCUGCUUCAGCUUCUGAAUGUAGAUCACAAGCAAAAAUAAACUAUUCCUCUGUAGGUGACUGGAGCUGCUCCGCAGAGCGUAAGGAAGGAUACCUUGUUUACAUUUCUCCUUGUUUAAGGGGGUUCAUUUUUGCUUUCUUGUAAAUAAAACGUGGAACUGAAUGAAUGUCCGGCCGUACGCUCUGCUGUAGUGUAGUGCAAUAACAAUAAAAGUUACUUAGACAAGAUUUAUUCCUUUCAGGCUGCUGUGGUACUUCCUACAGUUUGCUGUAAUGUAGUAAUAAAACAUGAUUUGUUUUAAAUCUGUUUCCUUGUUUUG